AUACCGGAGGACUCGGGUCCCGGCUCGACUUAGUCCUCCAGCCUCCCGGGGAAUACCUCUAGUUCUUCCCGGCCACCGCCGCCGCCCCGCCGCUUCCUCCUCCGCCCGCCCGCUGGCCCCCUACGCCCCGCCCCGUCCGCGCCGCGCGUCCGGCCCGCUCGCGGGCCCACUUCUCUCGGGAGCCCCCACCCAGGCGCAUGGCUCCAUGAAGCAAGAGGAGGAGGAGGCAGAGCGCGAGAGGUCCCGUCCGCCCCGGCCGCGUCUGGGCCAGGAGAAAAGGUACAGGAAGAAGGAAUGGAAUCGGAAGGAAGAAAGUUCAUUCCAGAGACAAAAUAGCUCCUCCCCUCCUGUGUGGUAGCUGUUCCUGUGGCAGUACAUACUCUGUGCUUUCAGGUUCUACAGCAUUCCAGACCUCGAGCAUCGCAUCAGGAUGGGAAAAAGACGUUGUGUCCCUCCACUCGAGCCCAAGUUGGCAGCUGGCUGUUGUGGGGUCAAGAAGCCCAAACUCUCUGGAAGUGGAACGCACAGUCACGGGACCCAGUCCACAACUGUCCCCGGCUCUAGUUCAGGACCUCUUCAAAACCACCAGCAUGUGGACAGCAGCAGUGGACGGGAGAAUGUGUCGGACUUAACUCUGGGGCCUGGAAAUUCUCCCAUCACACGAAUGAAUCCCGCAUCGGGAGCCCUGAGCCCUCUCCCCCGGCCCAAUGGAACUGCCAACACCACGAAGAAUCUGGUGGUGACUGCAGAGAUGUGCUGCUACUGCUUUGAUGUACUCUACUGUCACCUCUAUGGCUUCCCACAGCCUCGACUCCCUAGAUUCACCAAUGACCCCUAUCCACUCUUUGUGACAUGGAAGACAGGGCGGGACAAGCGGCUUCGUGGCUGCAUUGGAACCUUCUCAGCCAUGAAUCUUCACUCAGGACUCAGGGAAUACACGUUAACCAGUGCACUUAAGGACAGCCGAUUUCCCCCCCUGACCCGAGAGGAGCUGCCUAAACUUUUCUGCUCUGUCUCCCUCCUUACUAACUUUGAGGAUGCCAGUGAUUACCUGGACUGGGAGGUAGGGGUCCAUGGGAUUCGAAUUGAAUUCAUCAAUGAAAAAGGCGUCAAACGUACAGCCACAUACUUGCCUGAGGUUGCUAAGGAACAAGACUGGGAUCAGAUCCAGACAAUAGACUCCUUGCUCAGGAAAGGUGGCUUUAAGGCUCCCAUCACCAGUGAAUUCAGAAAAACGAUCAAACUCACCAGGUACCGAAGUGAGAAGGUGACAAUCAGUUACGCGGAGUAUAUUGCGUCUCGACAGCACUGUUUCCAGAAUGGCACUCUUCAUGCCCCGCCCCUCUACAAUCAUUACUCCUGACACACGGCUGCAUGACCAGUCCCACCCCCCUGUGGCCACCAAUGGCUAUGACAUCAUUGGAGCAGAUGCCUCCUCUUCCUGGUCCAGUUACUUCUAUUACUGCACCAUUUUAUGAUGCUAGCUUCCGUUGCCAAGUCUGCCUCCCGCUGACAGAGGGGGUGGGGUUACACUGAAUGAAACAGAACUUGAGGGGCCCAAGCCUUAUCUCAGCCUUUCCUCAAUAUGGGGUUCCGUUGGAUUGGGGCUCCUCCGUGACUAGUGAGAAUUACUGUGGGGGUGCGGAAGACCCUUGGCUUGUGAUUUGCCACAUGUGUUGGCCAUGUGCUGGAAGCUGGAGUUGAUGAUCCAAGAAGGCUUACCCCAUACACGCCCCUGCAGCCUCCCCAGAUCAAGUAGGUGUAUUCCCCUUGGCAGUCUGGGCAACGGAGACCAACAAGAAACAUUUUUAGGUUGUUUUAAAUUCCUUUUUUUAAACUUCCAGUUUAUUGCGUACCAAGAGUUGUUCACAACCUCCAUGCUUCAUAAGUGGACGCCAUGUUAGGGUUGAACGUGGGCACCAUGAGUCCUCGGAGGCUCCUGGACAGAGACCCACAUGAAGAUCGGAAGCCCUUUGGAUGGCGUUGCAGAUCUCAUUGCUCAAUAAGCCGUGAAGGUUUUAAUUCUCAUCCCACUCUCAGUUGGACUUUCUGGCACUCUUCCUGCAUUGAGUCUCCCGGUGUUGAACAGAGCGUUGUUGAGGAAUGGAACGGAGAUGCCCACAGGAGGUCCUGGUGUCAUCACUGCGUGCGGGUGUGAAAGGAGAGGCCUCUCCCUCACCACCCGGCUACCUCACUCCUUCACUGGUAGCAGUGCCUAUAGCUGGAUCUGGGUUCUCAAAAGCGUAGAUGUGCAGAUAAGUGGCUGGGUUUAGGAAGACACAUUGUUGUAGGCGAAUUGGCAGUCUCCUUUUCAGACAUAUCCUGAGGGACCUUGAAGCAGGGAGUUCCUCUUCCAGUUUGCCUGUAGAAGUGGGAUGACUGUGGAUCUUGUCCUUUACGGGGCUUGAGAACAGAGCCGUGUAGUUGAAGGUGAAUCUUUGUCUGGCCUGACGUGCCGGGGAUCUUUACCCCACCAGGGCAGAUUUCCAGAUAGCUCAUUUCACUCUGGGUCAAACUUCCUGUGACAUGUUUCUUUUUCUCAUUGUUGCUGAUUUCCAAAUAGCUGUCAGCAAGUUUCUCCUCCCUUUUGCCUACCCUUCACUCACUGGUGGCAGAGUUCAUAGAACUAGGGACCUUGGGCAAUGCUUGGAAAAUACUGGCACAGAGGCACUGCUAAUGUGAUGAUCACAGGAACAGGUGGCCAGUUGGAAGAAAGGAUCCUAAGGAUGGUGACACACUAGUUUUCAGCACCAUGCUUAGAGAACUCUUAGAGUAGGUUGGGUGUCAACCCAGUGAGCACAAGUUAUGAUUUCAUUUAUUUUGUGAAGUUUAUGUGGCAACAGUGUGGCUUUCUGAAAUGGGCAGAUGAAUUCAAGUCAAGAGAUCUUUUGCAUUUUCUUCUGCCAGGACUGGGGGAGCGAGCAAGGCACAGUCUGAGGAAGGACGCGUGUGCUGUCCUAGGUGUUGCUGCUGGCUUCCUGGGAAGCAGUGGGUGAGGGUGGAGAGGUCUGCUCGAGGCCCUGGAAUGUGGGUGACAUGAGGGUGCCCAGGCCAUUGCUGUGCUGGGCUCCUGCAGCCUGCCACAUUUCCCUUGCACUGUAAACGAAGGUGAAGGGGUCAUUUCCUGAUUUCCUGCUGCUGAGAACAAAUGUCUUGUUAUGAACAGAUGUGACAACAGUUACUCUUAGGUGCCAUGGUUGAUGUCAGGGUGGUCAGCUCUGGACCAAGCCACCCACCUCCAAUUUGUACAACAGUAUUGAUACAUAGGGCUACACUCAUUACUGUUCAAGCGUUCUGUGUUAAAAGUUGUGUUUAAUUUCUAAAGAUUAAAAAAAGCAAAAAAAAUGGUGCUAAACUUCCCCCCCUGAGCACGCUCAGUGAGACUGGUCAUGCAAGCAUUUACAGUGCCAUGCUCCUCAAGCCUAUCUUUUCUUGUAGAAUUGUUGCCCUAUUUGUCUUCCCCAGUGUAUAGUAUUUUUUUUUUUUAAUUUUAUUAAGGGUAGGAUAGGAUACCUGCCAUUUAAGAAAAUGAACAGAAAA